AUGAUCAGCUUCGUCGCGGCGCAAGGUGCCGAAGCCAUGGAGGCUGCCAUGCAGCUCGAGCAAGAUGAACAUGCUGACCAGGAGCAAGCUGAGGAGCUUCACGACGACGGACAGGGGGUUGAAGCUCCCAAGGUCAAAAAGACCAGAACGAGGAAACCGGUACCGUGCCAUGACCUGAAGAAGAUGUUCGAAGCUGGUGAGAAACGGUCCACGAAUGAUGUUGUCGACGUGAACGAGUUUUCUCAGCCCAGUGGAGGUGUUCCACUGCCAAGCCCCGCGCGAGCACUGGCAUCUGGCCAGUCAGGAAAUUUGGUCCUGAGUGCUCUCAAGAUCAGAGUAAGCUCUGUUCAGGAGGUUUCCGAGGAGGGGAUGGCCCCACCAUUGAGGCAAUUCUCAUCCGAGGAUGUCGCGGACAGACUUGAGCGUCUGAUCCUGACGGCACCAGUUGGUCUUCGGCAGCUUCUGGAUGCUGUGCCUCUCCUCGAGGCUGAGAUACCCUUGCUCGAAUCAGGCAAGGCCUUGUUCAAUCGGUUGCCGUCAACUUGGCUCGAUGUCACCGGGAACAACACAGCGAUGGGGACUCGCUGUCUAUUCGCUUCAAGACGCCACGAGUUGUCCGUUUUCGAGCCGUUGAAGCCCGAACUUAUGUUGCAGGUUCCUCCUGCAGCGAAGGAGUGGCAACUGCCCCUCGAUCUUCCCGGCGAUGCUGCGAGGGUUGUCGAGGAGGAGGCCUGGCUCCUACAAGUUCACCCUGGCCGACAAAUGUUGCGAGUGCUUCUUCGGCCAGGAGUGUUGCUGAUGAGGAUGGUUCGUCGAGGCCGGGUGCCGGCCGCCCGGUUCGUGUGGCGGGUCGUUGACUCCACGGAUGGAAAGGCUGGCGAGGAGAAGGAUCUUGAGGACCGAUCGACCUCCCACGCAGUCGGAGAGUUUUCAAUCCUGAGCAACUUGGAGGAUGCUGCCACCACGCAGCCACCGAACUUCUUGCAAUAUCCUUUGCGACGAGAGCAAUUGAGAUCCUUGGGAUGGAUGCUUGUACAGGAACAGCGGAGCACAGAGGAGCCUUUUGUCACGGAGCUGCGGGAGGCCGUUUCCUGCCCAGAUGCUCCCCACUGGAAGCUGGAAGGAAGCCUCCGUUGCGAGUAUCACAACGUCAAGGGCGGCGUCUUGGCGGAUGCCAUCGGCUACGGCAAAACCGCUUGCACCAUCGGCCUCGUCGACAAAACGAAGGAAGCCCCGCUUCCGACGAUUCCGCCAUCUUUCCGAGGCUUCGUUCCGAGCCGAGCCACUUUGGUCUUGGUUCCGACGAACCUUCACAAGCAGUGGCUCUCGGAGAUCUCCAAGUUCACUGGAGAUGCGCUCAAGGUGAUCUCGGUUCCAACAUGUUCCCAGCUGAAGCGGCUGACUCUAAAGGAGCUUGCCGAGGCCGAUAUUGUGGUGUCCACAUAUCGGCUCUUCUACUCCAUGCCUUACUUGCGGAGACUCGAAGAACUGGCACGGGAGAGCUCGUUUGGCUUCACCUUCCCGAAGAAGGGUCAGCACGCCGGGGAGGAGUGGUCGCAAGCCUACCGCGCUGCCUUCGAAGCCCUUCCUGGCUGGGCAGCCAAGCUUGGGAUCGAAACAGGCCUGGCUCCCGUUCGGCAGCAGCUUUUCGCCGGUGAUUCCGAGGAGAAUCGCAAGAGCAAGAGCAAAGAGAGCAACGAGAGCAAAGCUGCAAAUGAUGCAGCGAGCCAGGCUGCUCAAGCCACCCAAACGAGCCAGGCAAGCCAGAAGCGGCGUCGUGUCACCGGGAAGCAAACCGGGUCUGCAACAGGCUCUGUUCUGCAGGAGACGCGCAUCUCUGACUGGCCAGAGCCGGCGUUGCAGACCCAGUAUGUGCCCUUGGAGGUCUUUUGGUGGAAGCGGAUCGUCUGCGACGAGUUUCAUGAACUUCUGAGCAGAUACCCGCCUGCGCAAGUUGCAGUAGAAUUGUUCCACGCUGACAACAAGUGGGGUCUCAGUGGGACGCCUCCUUGCCAGACCUUGGCUCAGAUACGGAAGGCAGCAGGCUUUCUAGGAGUUCAGCUUCCGCAGACACCGGCGGACACGGACAAAGAGGAACCCCGCAAGGUCGCCCAAGAGUGGCUUGACGCUUUUGUCCGCAGAAACACAGCGGAGCUGCCACCUUUGGAGGAGGAGGAGCGUAUUGUUCCGGUUCGACAGACAGUCAAGGAGCGUGCCCUGUAUCUCGCCUUGACGCAGCAGCACCAACUCACCCAGGAGCUUGGGCUUACAGACACGCAAUCACACGACCUUCCACAGCAGAUCAGGGCCUUGAAAGACGUUGGACAGACUACCUGUGGACUGCUCAAGCUUUGCAGCCACUUUUGCUUCUCUGGUGCCUCUGACGUGCUGACAGCCGAAGACGAGUGCCAAAAGCAGGUGGCACUGAGAAGAGAGCGGAUCCUGCGGGCUGAGAGGGAAAUCAAAGCGCAGGCGGAAAGGGCCGCCUCACUGGCACAGCUCAUCGGUCACUUCGAACCUCUCUUUGGGAAGCAGCCAGAUGAAGUCAACUGCCCUCACAUCUGCAAGGAGUCCAAGGGUGUCCUGACCGCUCGCCUGAAGUUCAUGGGCGUCAAGGCCCUGGGCAACAAGGCCGAGCUGCAAAAGACUCUCUUUGCAACGGCCGAGCAGCGCAGUGCCGGGUUGCGGAGCUUCGCUCUGGCAAGGGGAUUCGACACGAAGCUGGCGAGCAAGGUCUCUGCCUCUUGGUACCAGGACUCUGAAGAAGGAGGCAACGCAGAAGUGGAGUGGAAGAAGAUCUUGGAUGUGCUUGAUGCAGAUGUAGGUUUGGAUGCGGGUGCCGGAAGAGUACAGGACGCCAUAAAGCAGGCAGUGGCCGCCUUUCCGUGUCAAAGGCGUGAUCCGCCUGCAAGAUGCGCAAAAAUGCGCAAGCACUUGGGAAUGCCGCAAUGGUCCGGCAGCGAGGAGGAGCACGCCGAUGAGCUGGCAGCGAACAACUGGAAAUGGCGCAGUGUUCGAGAGAAUGCCCAGAACCUGCAAAAGUUUCUGAAGGCAUGGAAGGAAGACCUCCUUGGCUCAGUGCAGCGCUUGCAGGCGUCCCAGGCAGGGCUACAGGACAAGCUUAGAAGCCUGUCCUCUUUCCAGGACACCCUGCAUGCAUCGCAAGCGGAAGCUUUCGAGGAGUUACAGGACGAAGGUUCGAAAUUUGCGAAGUACGGUUCGAAGAUUGAGAUGCUUGUGAAGCACACGCAGAAGAUCCAGCAGGCAGAUCCUGCGGCCAAGAUGAUCUGCUUCGUCCAAUGGGAAGACCUAAAGCGAAAGAUCAGCUCGGCCUUGGAAGAGUUUGGAGUGCCUCACCACAUCUUGCAGGGAAGCGUGUGGGGUCGGCAAGCCGCGCUCAGGCGAUUCCAGUACGAAGACUCCGGACCGCGCAUGCUGCUGCUCUCGCUCGAAGAGUCAGCCAGUGGGACUAACCUCACAGCUGCCAACCACGUGCUCAUCGUUCACCCGAUGGAGGCACACUCUCAAGAGGAGGCUGUGGCCUUCGAGAUGCAGGCUGUUGGCCGCGUGCGUCGUCCUGGCCAGCAGAAGAAGAUUCACAUUUGGCGUUUCGUCACGCUGGACACGAUUGAGCAACAGAUUACGGAGGAGCACCAGAAGGAGCUGUGGGAACGUCAAGCCGUGAAGAUCCACAUCCAUGAGGCGGCCGAACAGGACUCAGAGAGCGAGCUUGACUGCGAAGCUGAGGCUGAUGUCGGCGAAGCAGGAAGGGAGCACACAGAAGGGGUAGGUGCAGCUUGCAAAGCCUCAUGGCAGACUUGCAGGAAAUGCUGA